AUGGGUGAGAGUGGGAGAGUAUUGUUGCUGAGACAGGCGAGGAGAGGCAGGUAUGAGGCUGGAAAUUUACAGCUUUCAAAGCCUCCCAAACGAGCGGAAGAGAAAGAUGAUGUUGCGAAGAAAAGUUCUGAGCCGUCUUCUGCGGAAAAACUGCUACCUCGUCGACCAACAGAGAAACUGGGUGGUGAUAACGAUAAACGUGAAGGUACUGGCAAGAGUGGUCAACGUGCACCUCCUCGCAACGAUGAUAGAGGUAAGAGACGUGAUCCUCCUAGAAGUGAUGAAUGUAUACCUCCUAAGAAUGGUGAAAAUGGAAAGAAGCGUGAGAAAUUUGAGCCUCCUAGAAGUAGUGAGAGCGAAAACCACGAGAAGCGUGUACCUAUCGAGAGUGGUGAGCGCAAGAAGGAGUAUGAGAAGUCCAAACCUUCUAGUAAGGAUGUUGAAUGUGGGAAGGGGCUUGAGCAACUUGAACCCCCUAGGAGUGGCGAGCAUGAGAAACGUGAUUCUUCUCGUAAAGAUUCAAGAUAG